CUUCAAUACAUACAUCAAACAUUAUUAUUUGUCCACGAAAAAACAGAACUUUUUAAUUAAAAGCAACCAUGACGGAAGAAAAGGAAACGCAAGAAGAAACAGUAGUGGUAGCAGCCAAGUCUGCGGAAGAAGUACCCAACCAAGAAGAAAACGCUCCCACCCACGAAACGAGCCACACGGAGGGAUUGCUGCCGCACAAACCAGACAAAGCAUUGCUGGAAAGUUUCCGAUACAUCAAUUCCAUGCCAGGCAAAGAUGUGAGAGGAAAACUGAUUGACUGCUUUCAGCUAUGGUUCAAUAUUUCAUCCGAAGAGGUUCUCAAGGGUAUCAAGGACGUCAUUGGGGAUUUGCACAAUUCAUCUCUUCUCAUUGAUGAUAUUGAGGACAAUAGCAAACUAAGGAGAGGAAUCCCCGUGGCUCAUACUAUUUUUGGGGUACCCACUGUCAUCAACUGUGCCAACUACGUCUUCUUUUUAGCACUGGAAAAGUGUCAUGCCUGGGAAAAUCCAGAGGCAAUGAAGGUGUUUGUGGGAGAGUUGUUGAAUCUGCAUCGUGGUCAGGGCCAUGACAUUGCGUGGAGAGACAGUGCCCAGUGUCCCACAGAAGACGAAUACCUCGAGAUGGUAAAGGACAAAACGGGAGGACUGUUUCGUCUCUCGGUCGGAUUGAUGCAAUCCUUUGCCACGACCAACAAACAAGUCAACUACACCACUCUGGUAGAUAACUUGGCCAUGUAUUUCCAAAUUCGAGAUGACUUUAUCAAUUUAGCGGAUGAAGAAUACAUGAAGUCCAAGAGCUUUUGCGAGGAUUUGACAGAAGGAAAAUUUAGUUUUCCUAUUAUUCAUCACAUUCGCAACAAUCCAGGAGAUACACGAUUGAUUAACAUUUUGAAACAACGCACACACGACGUGGAUGUCAAGCGGUAUGCACAGGGACUCAUGAAGGAAUCAGGGAGCAUGGCAUACACGCGAACAAAAUGCGUCAGUCUCAAGGACGACAUUGUCAAGGAUAUUGAACUGCUGGGUGGCAACCCUCCUCUACUCAAACUCAUCCAACUGCUGGAUGUCCAAGUAGAGAUUCUGGCCCUUGAAACAACCGAUGAAGGGAAAAAGAGCCCACAAAUUCAAUCGCCUUGA